AUGGCGGUGGAACAAAUUGCAACUUAUGUAGUCGAUAAUUUCAUAAAAUAUGAGUAUUCAAUUACCGUUUUCAUCUCUUCAAUGAAAUUCAGAAAAUUCUUAAUCAAUAACCAAACAUCUAGCAACCAUGAGGAAGAUAUAAAUGGCGAUGAAAAUGGCCGUUUAGAGGAUAUACAGGACACUGGCAUAGAUAUCUUUACGUCACUGAAGCAAAUUCAACCUAAGGAAGGCUGGUUCCCCAAAGAUCUUCAUGAAUUUUUAAAUUUUUAUAAUAUAUAUGAUUUUCCAUUUGUGAACAGCGCAAAACAAGAAAUUAUGGAAGAAAGUGAUCGAAUCUCAUUAAAAGAUUUGCAUGAUAUGCUUCAGCGUGAAGUCGAUUCGUCAAGUAGAACCACGAUAAUUCAAAGUAUGCAGAAGAAACUGGAUAAGGAUUAUGAGAACAUGAUUCAAGAAAUUGACAGUUUCAAUAUAUUUUCUGCAAAGUCUACAAUUUAA